GACCGAUCUUCUUUGUCUCAGAUUCCCUGUUUUCAUUCCGUAAUCGAUUAGAUCACUCACUCACACUUCAACUUGAGUCACAAACUUGAAACACAUAUCUUAUCGUCUCUCAUCAAGAACAAAUUAAAAGUCAUCAAGAUGGUAACGCCAGUUAUGAGAACCGUUGAUCUCCGGUCCGACACGGUGACUAAGCCAACUGAGUCCAUGCGUUCAGCUAUGGCAAACGCGGAAGUAGACGACGACGUUUUGGGGAACGAUCCAACCGCAGUGCUUUUGGAAAGAGAGGUGGCUGAGAUCGCAGGAAAAGAGGCGGCCAUGUUUGUUCCAUCAGGGACAAUGGGGAAUCUGAUAAGUGUGUUGGUCCAUUGUGAUGAAAGAGGGAGUGAAGUGAUUCUUGGAGAUGACUCUCACAUUCAUAUUUAUGAAAACGGUGGCGUUUCUAGCCUCGGUGGAGUGCACCCUAGAACGGUGAAGAAUGAAGAGGAUGGGACGAUGGAGAUUAGUUCUAUUGAAGCUGCCGUGAGGAGUCCCAAAGGAGAUCUCCAUUAUCCGGUUACUAAGCUUAUAUGUCUUGAGAACACUCAAGCAAAUUGUGGAGGUAGAUGCUUGCCUAUAGAAUAUAUAGACAAGGUCGGAGUGUUAGCCAAGAAACAUGGCUUGAAGCUUCACAUCGAUGGAGCUCGUAUCUUCAACGCUUCUGUUGCCCUUGGAGUACCGGUGAAGAGGAUUGUUCAGGCAGCUGAUUCUGUCUCGAUUUGUUUGUCGAAAGGCAUAGGUGCACCGGUUGGUUCGGUGAUUGUGGGAAGCAAGAGUUUUAUCACUAAAGCAAGGUGGUUGAGGAAAACAUUAGGUGGAGGAAUGAGACAGAUUGGUGUGCUCUGUGCCGCCGCAUUAGUGGCUCUCCGUGAAAACGUUGCCAAGCUCGAGGAUGACCACAAGAAAGCCAAGAUCUUGGCAGAAGGACUGAACCGGAUUGAACGGUUAAGAGUGAACGUAGCGGCAGUAGAAACAAACAUUAUAUACAUAGAUCUACCAGAAGAUCCUAAGUUUGGAGCUGAAGACGCAUGUAAGAGUUUGGAAAUUCUCGGUGUGCUUGUUAUACCUCAAACUACAUUCAGAAUCAGGAUUGUUCUGCACCAUCAAAUCUCUGAUAGCGAUUCUGAUUAUGUGCUCUCUUGUUUUGAGAAACUGUUUAGCUCGGUGCCAGAAGAGAAGGCUUGAUUUGAAGUAAUUCACGUGUUGGACUAUGUCAUAUAUUUACUUGAAUCUAUUUUCUUGGUUUACAAAUUGAAGCCUUUUGGUCAAGCGAUAGACAAAAAAAUCUUAUUGUAAUUCAAGUUUGGGCUCUAAUAAAAUUCGAAAUGUUAAGAUUGAUGAUGAAACAUUCUGUCAUUAAC